CGACCACCAUCACCCCGCAGUCCGCAGUCCGCACUGUGCCCGCAGUCUCGUGUAGUCUGUAGUAGUUUUUGGCGUUUGUUUGAAUUUUGUUGUCGUUUUACUUUCCGUCACCGGUAUUCCUCGAUUUUCAUUUCAACCUAGCUUAUAAGUUGUGUACCUCCUCAACGCACGGAUAAACUGUAAAACGCGGUUUUGUGUCUCCGAUGAUAUGAAACGACCUCAAGUCAGCCAAGACAAAUCUCUGUGAGGUCCAGCACUGAGCAAAGAAAAAGCUUGUUUCGGAAUUUUCUUACGGUGCUGUUGCUGUUACGGUUCACGAGAGGACUUCCAAAUAACACUGUACAACCAUGUCGGCAGGAUACCGAUCGGGAAACAUGCCUGGCGAAGUCUUGUUUCAAUGGUUCUCUUGCUGUGUAAACCAACGUACCCAACAGGGCAAACGCCACGUGAGUCGAGUACGCAUCGACCGAUCUAUGAUUGGAGCACCUACAAAUUUUCGGCAUACUGGUCACAUAGGAUCGUCUGAUGUCGAAAUGGGAUCUUCCAGAUUGCACGCUAUCCAUGGGCAGAUGCAGUCCAAAGGCGGUUAUGAAGCUACCAUUGAAGCUAAUUAAACUUGCCAGAAAUCAAUCGAAAAGAGAACUGUGAUCGAAAAACUCUCUUCGUGUACCGAACACAAUUUUGGAACUGUUAUUCCAUAUUUUUUUUCUUAUUGCAGCCACUUGUGUAUGGAGGAGAUCCGUCGUCAUAGUUAUAGACUAGUGUUUUUACAUUCUUUAUUAUUAUAAUAAGUAACUAUUAUUUUUUACUUUAUUUUUAAAAUUUUAUUUAAUUCAUCAAGUUUAGUCAUGGCCGUGGCUUAUAGUUCGCGACAGAUCAACUUGAUAUAAGUGUCUUAUACUAGUCUGGUUUUAUUUAUAUGAAUGUUUUUACUUAUUUUUUUUUUGUUUAUGUAAAAUAAAUUUUGAAAUUAGUCGUAAUGUUUUAGUAAUCUCUCUUUAGUCUUUAUAUACACGCCAAUAUUUAUUUUUUUUUUAAUGUUACAAUAUUAUGCGAUCAAUGCCACUGUGUAAUAGUAAUAAUAUGAUAAUGAGAAUCAAAACGAUUAUAUGAUAAUUUAAAUUGCCAUACAUCAUUACCUCGAAAACACCGAUAAACCUAUCAGAAUCUUAAUUAUAAUUACAAAUAGAGGUUUUUACUUUUUACCAUAUUAUAUAUAUACCGUGUACAAGAAGAAAAUACAUUUUCAUUACUAUAAAUUAUCAGAUUUCUUGUACCGUUUGUUUGUAUUGCCUAAAAGUAUAUAAGAAUCAAUACUUUGUAUUUAACUACUUAAAUUUUAAGCUAGUUUUAAGGUCUGUUUGAUCAGAUAUACAUUGCAUUUAAAUAAUCUUAUAUAAUAUAUGUACUAGUUUUAGAUAUUUGAAAAUAUUAAUACGUACACUGACUAUAUAUUGUGAGCUCAAAGUGUAUAAGUGUGUUCUAAUUGUCCAAUUUUGUAUAUUUAAAGUACGUUUAUAUGUUCAUAUUUCAAAACAAAACUGCUUAAGCGUAUUUUAUAAUAUAUAAUUUAUAUA